AUGAGUUACGGUAUCAAACCUGACGUUACAUCUCUAGAUGAAGACCUACAUAAUCUACGAAGAGGUAAGUUUUCUAAUGAUGCUAUAGAAGAAAUCAAGGGCUGGAUAUAUGGAUCCGUACUUAAAGAGCCCAUCCCACCUAAUGAAAAUCUCUUGGAAUGUUUGAAGGAUGGGACUACUCUUUGUAAAUUAGCCAAUACCUUAUACGCACAAGACCAUGAUGGUUCAACUUUAUUAAAAUGGAAAGAAUCUAAGAUGCCAUUUGUUCAAAUGGAGCAAAUAUCACAAUUUCUAUCAUUUGCUAGAGAUUAUGGGGUUCCAGAAGAUGAAUUGUUCCAAACGAUAGAUCUUUAUGAAGAAAAGGAUCCAGCCAGUGUUUUCCAGGCAUUAAAAUCGUUAACCCGUUAUGCCAAUAAGAAGCAUCCAGAUGUAUUCCCAUUACUUGGUCCAAAGUUGGCCACUAAGAAACCUCGCCCACCUGUGAAGGCCAAACCAAAGCAUCUACAAGGUGAGAGUGGCUGGAGCACUCAAGAGUAUGGAUACAUGGGCGGUGCCUCACAAAGUACCGAGCAUGUCGUGUUUGGUCAAAGAAGGAAUAUCCUUUGA